AGGAACCACAAAACAAUUUGCGUUCGCCUCUCUCUCAUCAUCUGCGGAGAGACUCUCUUUAUUUAUUUUUUAUUUUUUUAUAUUAGGAGGAAAGAUUGAUAAAUAUAACAAUAAUAAUAGCAGUAGUAAAUAUAAGAAUUGAAAUCGUUUAAUCUUGUGUUGGUGGAAUCAGAAACUGUUAAAGACGACGAUGGGGAAGAAAAGGAAAUCGAUUGCAACGAGUCUUGAUGAGGUGGAUCGGACCAUGUACGCUUCGUUUUGUACCGCUGCUAACUCUCUGUCUCAGCUUUAUACACAAUCUAUGAAUCACCAGAAACUCUCUUUCCAAGCCGGUGAACGGCAUGGCCUUGAAAAACUUUAUCAGUGGAUCUGGAGACAACAAGAGGGAGGGUCAAGAGUGGCAACAGUUGAUAUUAUCAAUUAUAUUCAGAAUGAGCUGGAUUAUUGUGGAGAAGAGCCACCAUUGUCUCCCAGAGCACCAUCACAUCAGAAUUCCCAACCGAUUCAGUUUACAAAUUCUGGCUUCCUCGUUUCAUCAGGUUCAUCUGGUCCAAUUACUACUGGCCAGGGCACUCGCUCUGAGCACUGUGAUCAACAACCCAAAAACUCAGUUUUCUCAAAUGCUUUGUCAAGCCCAAUCAGAAGGAGUCUCCCGAACUAUCCCUUUACUCAGGGAGGUUAUUAUCCAACUGGUGGUCAACAGUCUGGAAAUGCAAUCCGCAGUAACGAGCCAAACUUUCCUCAGCAGCAUCAAAACAGGGAUCAUAAUAAUCCUGUGAGUUCCAAUGAUUCUUCAAUGGAAAUCUAAGGCAAGUAGUUAUCAGAAAGCUUCAUGGUUAAAAGAAUUUGUUUGGGGGGGGGGGGGGGGUGGGUUGGGCAGUUGCAAUUACAUUACUCUUUUGGCACAUGGAAAUUGGUUACUUCAUACAAGAAUAAUUGCAUGAUGCUGUUGACUUGUUGAAGAGUGUGAAGAAGAAUAGCUAAUCGUGUGAGUUCUGGUGGCGCAAAAUGGUAUGUGAUGAGCACCAUAACCUAUUAGUCUUGUCUUUUGUUGUCUUUUUGAAUGCUGAAGCUUGGCCUUCUAUGUCAUGUAAAGGGUGUCGUUUUAAUUGACUUGCAACUUCUGAAAUGGUAAUAUUUGUUAGUAGAUUUUAUCUUUUAUAGUUUAUAUACUGUCUGUUGCAUUUUAUCUUUUUUUUUUUUUUCCUUUAUAGAAUAUGUUUUUUUAUUUUUCCAUUGUUACAGUUACAGUUUCUAACUAAUUUGAGUGAGAAGUUGAGACCUA